UGGAAGUUUUUCGGCUGCUGCUUCUUGUUUUCUCUCUUUCCUUUGGCGUUUAUACCGUUCAAUCUAUACCAGGGUCUCAUGCAGAUGUUCACAUUGUGUAUUUAGGCCACAACAAUGGCCUCAGUCCUUCUCUAACUUCAGAGUCUCAUCUGCAGCUUCUGUCAAGAGUCUUUACAAAGCCGGAUGAAGCAACAGAAGCUAUUCUGUACAACUACAGCUGCGGAUUCUCUGGUUUCGCUGCACUGCUCAAUUCAACACAGGCUUCCACCUUGUCUGAAACAGAAGGGGUCAUAUCAGUAUUCAGGAGUAGGAUGCUGGAGCUCCAUACAACACGGAGCUGGGAUUUCAUGGGCCUCAAUCUGCACACGCAAAUGGAACAGUCAUCCCAAAUGCAUUUGAAAUUUGGAGGCGAUGUUAUCGUCGGCAUCCUUGAUACAGGAGUGUGGCCCGAAUCCGAAAGCUUCAGAGAUGACCCCCACUACGGCCCCAUCCCGUCGUCAUGGCGCGGCACGUGCGUGAAAGGCGACUCCUUCGACCCGGCCACCGCGUGCAACCGCAAGCUCAUCGGCGCGCGCUACUACCUCGCCGGCAUCGAGAGCGAGCUCGGCCCGCUGAACACCACCGGUGGCGAGGAGUACCGGUCGCCGCGCGACCGCGUGGGACACGGCACGCACACGGCGUCCACGGCCGUGGGGAGCGUGGCGCCCAACGCCAGCUACUUCGGCCUGGGCCGCGGCGCCGCGCGCGGGGGUGCGCCCAGGGCGCGGCUCGCGGUGUACAAGGUGUGCUGGUACAAGGACCUGACGGGCCGGUGCAGCGACGCCGACAUCCUGGCCGCGUUCGACGACGCGCUGUGCGACGGCGUGCACGUGGUGUCGGCGUCCCUGGGGUCGUCCCCGCCGCUGAUGCCGCUGUUCGCGACGAGCACCGAGAUCGGGGCGUUCCACGCGAUGCAGCGCGGCGUCGUGACAGUGUUCUCGGCCGGGAACGACGGGCCGGACGCGUCGAUGGUCCAGAACGUGUCGCCGUGGGGGCUCACCGUCGCCGCCAGCACCAUCGACAGGAGGUUCCCGACGGUGAUCACGCUCGGGAACAAUGCCACCGUCGUGGGGGAGAGCUUCCUUGCGAAUGGCAUGAUGAAGAAGCAGCUGGUAGAGAGCAGUAGCGUCUUCUCCGACGGGACGUGCACGUUCGACCAGCUGAUCAACCGCACGGCGGCGUCGGGGAAGAUCGUGCUGUGCUUCGGCACCGCCGGCCCCGUGUCCAGCGAGGGUGCGGCGCUGGCGGUGUACGCCGGCAAUGGCGACGGCGUGAUCUUCGCCGACACCAUCAGCCGGAAAUCGAGCCAGGACAACUUCUGGCCCACCGUCCACGUCGACCUGCACCAGGGCACCCAGAUCCUCUACUACAUCCGCGCCUCCAGGAAGGCGACGGUGCACGUUUCUUCGAGCAAGACCGUCGUCGGCAAAACGCCGGCGCCGGUCGUGGCGUACUUCUCUUCCAGAGGGCCGAGCUCCAUCUCUCCCCACAUCCUCAAGCCCGAUGUCACUGCUCCCGGAGUGAACAUACUGGCGGCAUGGCCGCCCAAGUCGUCGCCGACGGUGCUCCCCCUGGACAAGCGCUCCACUGACUGGAACUUCGACUCGGGCACGUCCAUGUCGUGCCCGCACGUCUCCGGCAUCGCCGCACUCAUCAAGUCCGUGCACCCGACCUGGUCGCCGGCAGCCGUCAAAUCCGCCCUCAUGACCACAGCGUACAUGGACGACGACACGUCCGACGUGAUGUUGGCCGGCGGGACGCUGAAGGCGGCGGACGCCUUCGACGUCGGCGCGGGGCACGUGGACCCUCUCCGCGCGCUGGACCCGGGCCUGGUCUACGACGUGGGCGCGCGCGACCACGUGCUGUUCCUCUGCGCCCUGGGCUACACGGCGGAGCAGAUCCGGCAGCUGGUGCUCCCGGGCUCGUCGCUCGACACGAGCUGCCCCGGCGGCGGCGGCGGCGCGGCGCACGCCGCCGACCUCAACUACCCGGCCAUCGUUCUCCCGGACCUGAGCGCGCCGGUGACCGUGAAGCGGACGGUGACCAACGUGGGCCCGAACCGCGGCGCGGUGUACCGCGCCGCCGUGGCCAGCCCGCAGGGCGCGCGCGCCGAGGUGUGGCCGCGGGAGCUGGCCUUCUCGCCGUACCACGGCGACACGGCCUCCUACUACGUGAGCGUCGCCCCCGCGAAGCCGUCGCGCGGGCGGUUCGACUUCGGCGAGAUCGUGUGGUCCGACGGUUUCCACCGCGUCCGCACGCCGCUCGUCGUCAGGGUGACCAACCUACCCGACGACGGCGUCCGAGCCGCUGCCACCGCCGCCAAGGGCGACCACGACAGCCGCGGCGCCACCGAUGAUCUACAGGCCGCCUUCUAGCCUAGCUACCCCCGGUUCUUGGCAGGCAGCGCAUCACGGUCUCAGAACUCGUUCGGUUUCAGAUAUUUCUCGCGUGCGUGCGUGUGUGUGGAUUGCAUUUCGUCAGACUUUUUUGAGCCCAUUUCUUUCUUGGGAGUUGGGUUCCUCCGGAAUCGGUAGUGUGUGUGGGUGUGCCAUCGGUCAUGGUCAAGACAGAAUUUUGCCACAAAUUCCAGGGUAGUUGCUGUCAGUCAGUGGACCGAUCGUUCUUCAGCAGCUUGUGCAGGAGACGGUCAGAGCUGCAGUCGUGCCCGGAUUAUUGUAUGCCACUGGUCUGAUGAUUCACCUUGAGGUUUGGGA